GCGCGGCAGGCGCAGGCUCGCUCGCUGCACUACUCCAUAACAUGUCAGCGUAUUAGCAUUGUAACGGGCAGAGAAAUUCCGGGCGCAACUCAGCGCCGAUUCAUGCUCGCUCACUGCUGCUACGGACACUUCUCGUGUAAACAUAUCGUUUGGCAUAUACACAAACUGCUGCUGCUGCUGCUGCUGCUGACUGCCUGACUCCGAUAUCAGCAGCUCUCGCACUGCUGUGCGCUGUCCGUGGGGGUUAUUUAAAAAUGGCCGACGCAUCGUCAUCCGACACUGCCUCCUCGGAUACGCUCAACGAUUGUUUAUCCGACGACUCCUCGUGCAAGUCAACGGAGUACACUGUCGGCACGCAGAGAAGCAACAAUAACAAAGGCAGAAACAUCCUUCACAAGCUCUUUACCAGAGAGAUAAGGGGUUCCUUAACUCAACACAAUUAUGCCACUGAAGAAAGACUGUUUACUGAGAUACCUUCAUGGCGUCGUUUACCAUUAUUACAAGUUAUACCCAAAUCCGCUCUCCAAGCUGGACAUGUUAUUAUGGGGCUCACACAGUGCGGACGAUUUUUAUUGACUUACACCUAUAAUAUAGACGUUGCUGUACCUGGCAGUUUAUUAAAGUAUUUCUUACAUUGGUGGGCAUUCACUCCAAAUAGAGCUUCACGUAAAGUUGCUGAAGUAACGUUGUUUGGUAAUUAUAGCAUUUACAAAGAAUUGGUCAUAGUAAUUGCUCAAUGGCCAACAGAAAGAAACAAAUUAGUCAUACACGGCCUUUGCUCUAGUUUUCAAACACAAUCACAACCAACUGAUAAAGCAUUUGUAACCAUAACAACAGUACCAUCACUAGAAAAUUGUAGAGAUUGUCAAAGCAUAGCUUCAUCUUACGAAGAAGAUGAUUUAGCAGCCAAUUGGGACUCUUGUGUACGUUGUAAUUGUCUUCAGCAUGGACUUACAGUUCACACAACGUAUGAAGUGAUCUCACCUUAUCCAAAAUUUCGUGCUGUUGUAUGUUUGAACUAUGCCAAUCACAUUGUAGUUAAUACAGGAAAUUUUUUACAUGUUCUGAGAGUAGACUUAGAGAAUAUGAAAAUAAAAAGUCAAGUAUCAAUUGAAAAGCAUGAUAAUUUAUUAGCUGACAUGGAACAGUUGGAUUUAAUAAGUGUAAACGAAGCAGAAGAGUCAAAAAAUGAGUCAGAUAAUAGUACAGAAGGAAAAAAUGCAUCAUUAGAAAAUGUAUUAGAUACAACUCAAAAAUGUCAAUGCACUAGUAUAAUUGAGUGUGAGGACAAUGAUGAUUGUAAAAUGAAUAACAAAAUAGAAUGUGAUCAAACAAGUACUUUUAGCAGCAAUCAAGGUGAUUGUACCUGUGAUAAUAAUAAGUGUAGUAGUAAUUCUAGUGAUAAAGGGUGCUUGUGUUUAAAUAGUUUACAGUGUGUUUGUGAUAAAUCUAGUAUUUCAAGUAUUCAGACUGAACCACAAGCCAUUUCAGUCAGAGAUAAAAUAUUACAAGACUUUUGUGAAGAUAUGUCACAAGAACUAAGUAUAAGUAGUGAGGUCAUAACAUUGGUCAAACAUCCUCCUUGCUCCCCUCGAUCAAUACCUCAAAGACUUCCACCAGAUUUGAAAUCUCAUGGACAAUCAUGGUCGAUCAAUACAUUUACACCAUCAUCUGACAUUUUAAAAACUCGCAAUUCAGAAUCUAGUCUUAGAAAGUCACCACAGCCUGGUGCUUCACAGAUUAGCUCAUGCCCCAAAAAUUCUCCUUUACAUUCUAGAGGGGUCAGUGCUCCCUCGUCACCUCGUCUCAUGUCCCCGCCAAUCACUAGGUCAAUAAGGCAUACAAUUUGUCGAAAAAGAAAUAUCGUUUCACCAUCGUCCCAAUCGCAACUACGAACACGAGUCAGUCAUAAAUUAAUUUCAGAUGCAGAAAAAGCUUACGAAUUUACAGACGAAACACAAGAAGCUUGCGAAAAAUUAAGUUCGUUUAGGAAACGUCGAUUGGCCGAUAAAAAAUACGAGUUUUGCGAUGAAACUGAUGAUGCUGAAAAUAUAGUUCCUUUUAAACAUGUACGCGAUCAAACGAAACAUAUUGGCUGUGCCAUAUAUCAAAAGUCCCCGACUGCAUCGCCUAAUAGUAGAAGACCUCGUAUGGACUCCGAACACAGUGAAUCCGAUGAUUUUAUAGGUCCUCAAGAUGUACUUAAUGAUAUAGCAGUUUUCGAAACUUCCGAAAAGAACGUUCUAAGACCUAUUAAUCAGAAUCAACUGCCUAAUUCUUAUCGUGAUAGAACAAGUAAACCAAUCUCCAAUAGUGUUUCACCAUUAGUUCCUAAAGCUACUUUGCAAUAUCCUUCGAUAAAAUGUACGUCACACUUUAAGCGUUCUUAUAUCGACUUGGAUGAUGAAAGAGCUUCCGUAAUUACUGAUGUUGAAGAUGAAGAAACGGGCGGAUACGCAAGCUACCAAUGUGUGCUUCCUAUGCAGGUACAUGGAGCAGAUUAUGUUCAAAUGGGAAUGAUUAGCAACGCAAAAGCAGAAAAAUUGAAUGUGCCAUGUGUCUCAAUUCACCAAAUGAGUUUUGACAUUGAAACUUUUUCACACCACAUCGCUGACUGGCAGUGUAAAUUGUUCAAGAAAAAAUAUUGGCAUUGCAGUGAUUAUGAUAUAGAAAUUAUCGAUAUUUGCGCGCUCAGUGGAGAUAUUAUUCUUUUACUCAUAAUGAAAGUACAAACUAGCGAACAGUUUAGUCCUGGACAAUGUUUAGAAGAUCGGAAACAAUAUAUUGCUGGAUGCAAAUUCACUUGGAAUAUUGACUCAAAUGAAUAUAGAAUAACAGAUCUUUUAAAAAUGAAAGAAGUCAAAGCUGAUGUUAUGCGAUCUGAAAAAUUAUCGCAAACAAUUGGUUCGUCUCCUGUACCUUGGAAUCCAACGAAACUUAUUGUGCCACAAAUGCGACGAAAUAUUCAGCAGCCUUAUGCACGCUGUGUUCGAUUUUUAAGCAACGAAUUAACUUUAGCAGAUGAAUCCAUUACAAGCUUGAGGGACUUUGAUAAUCUUAUAGAAUUUUAUAUAACGCCGUUUGCCUAAUUGCUGAGUGAAGUGUUUGCAAUAGGAUUACAAUAAAUUAAUGAAUUGAAAAAAUGAAUAAAAUAUAAUUAUUCUUCUUAAGUUAAAUAUUUUUUGUAAAUUUUUGUAAAGCGUAUUUCUUUGUACAUUUAAUACAAUCAAUAAUGAUCUGUUGGAUCUGAUGUGACUAUAUUGGAUAUAAAAACUUGUUGGUGGA